AUGACCAAAAGGUCGGGUUUUUUCUUUGCAUUCCUUUUGCUCCUCUUCGUUUUUGCCCUCUCAGAGGAGGCGGCAGCGACACCAAAAUUAUGUGAAAAGCCAAGCAAAACAUCAUUCGGGAAAUGCGAUGAACAGAAGUGCGACAAAAAGUGCAUAUCUUGGGAGGGUGCAGUCCAUGGAGCUUGUCACGCUCGUGAAGCCAAAUCUGGUUGCUUCUGCUACUUCGACCAUUCACCAAAAGCCAAGCCGCCGCCACCAAAAUCCAAGCCGCCACCACCAAAAGACAAGGCGACACCACCUCCCAAAGACGACUCAUCACCUCCACCAAAAGACGAGUCUCCUCCACCUCCUCCUGAUGGUGGUUCGUCCCCUCCACCUCCUCCUGAUGGUGGUUCGUCCCCUCCUUCUCCUCCUGAUGGUGGUUCCUCCCCUCCUCCUCCUCCCGAAGAUGGUGGGCCGUCGCCGCCGCCUCCCGAAGGUGGGCCGCCGCCUCCGCCUCCCGAAGGUGGUUCGCCGCCGCCGCCUCCCGAAGAUGGUUCGUCGCCGCCGCCGCCUCCCGAAGGUGGUUCAUCGCCGCCGCCGCCCCAAGAUGGGCCAUCGCCACCACCGCCUCCCGAAGACGGUUCGUCACCUGCUCCUCCUCCCCAAGAUGCAUCGCCUUCACAACCGCCUCCUCCUCCUCCCAAAGAUACAUUGCCUCCGCCGUUGCCUCCUCCUUCUCCCGAAGACGGGCCUCCGCCUCCACCGCCUCCCGAAGACGGUUCGCCACCACCUCCUCCAGAAGACGCGCCGCCACCUCUGUCGCCCCCUGAAGACGGGCUGCUGCCCUUGCCGCCUCCAGAAGAAGGUUUGCCAUUGCCGCCCUCGCCGCCUCCAGAAGAAGGUUCGCCAUUGCCGCCCCCGAAGACGGAUCUUUUCCGCCUCCUAAAGAGGGGUCAUCGUCACCUCCUCCGACUGAUAGAUGAUUGCUGGCUUCUCUCGAAGAAGAAAGGCUUGUCAAGAAAAUCCAAAUAUAGGUGA